AAAGGGAUCCCAGUAUUUGUGAGGAAGAAGAAGAAGAAGCGUGAUGUCCCGGAUGUCUUCCAUUGUCCUUUGAAACCUGGAAGACAGCCCACUAGACAGGCAUUGAUGUUAGCAUCGUAACACGAGCUGGGGAAAGAUGACUCCUCGACUGGUCGGUUCAAGGCAGAAGCAGCGGAAUCGAGUGCGCUUCGUCAUCCAGAUGCCCCGAUGGCAUCUUCAGGAAGGAGACGCUCAAGCAGGAUCUCCGGAGGGCACUGCAGGACGUACAAGCACCAGGACAAGGAAGUUCCGCAGAGGCCUCAUGAUAUCCGGGACGCUAGGUCUCUUCGUCCUGGCCUUCAUCGUAGCUAUUUUCAUUAGCUGGAAUUUCCUCACGCAAAAUUCUGACGAAAAUCCAGAAGCAGAAAAGUUUAUCGUCACCGAUGCACCGAAAGACAGAGACCCAUGCAUAAACGGUAAGGUGGUUCUGGUAUACUACUCGGUUGUAUCUGAAGCUAUCAUACAGGGAGCUUCUGCCACGAUACGCUCACUUUUCCGUGGUAUUAAAAACACGUUACCGCGCUGACCUUGUGUCCGUAGGUAGCUUUGCAACUAAUCGCGGGACCGCGCGUAGAUACUUUGACUAGUCUUUCAGUAUCACGUAAGUAGACAUUGGACUCGCGAGGCAUUCUGUGCGUGUACGAUUUUACUGGCUGCAUGGUUCCUCACAGGUCAAAAUGGGAACAACUUCUAAAGCAGCUGCUGUUGUUUGCCAAAUCCGUGCGUUAGAGCACAGCGUGUCCUCGUUGUACACAGAAAUUCCGCUCCUGGACUCUGGUGCCUCGCAGGUGUGCAUGCAAUGACAAGCCCAAUCUUGUUGUUACUGUUGAGUAAACGAAUUUGAAAAAGAAUUUCUUCGUGCUUGUUACUGCCGGGGGUUACGACAGAGGAAGAGGUAUACUAAAGAAGGU